AUGCGUGUCCGUUUGAGUACCAGAGAGUACACAAACUGGAUCAAAGCGGGCCAGUGUCUGUGUCUGCUGGCCCGGGGUCUGCAGCCGCUUAUAGACCGUGAGAUGAGCCACUUCCACCACACACUUCUCAAUCAAAACACACUGCUGCGGAGACCGUGUGAGCGCCACUGCAGACCCACUGGGAAUAAGCUUUUAGGAGCAUGUCGGUGUUGUUUAGAGUGGCAGAGGACCAUCCAGGACCACCACAGACAGCCCCAACACACUGUCAACUGGGACAACUGUUCACCCGUGUCUUGGAGAACCAACCACUGGGAAGUGGCAAAAGCUUUCAUGCCCCGGGGUCAGGGAAAUAUCAAAACUGCUGACCAAUUUGAUGCUGCUGCUCUGCUCAACCUCAUCAACUCUUGCGACUGGUUUCAGUCUGUGGAUCCCAAACCAGUAAAAGAGGUGAUACGAUACAGGAAUGAGUUAAUGCACUCAUCAGAUUUCCUUGUGAGCGACACUUGGAUAAAUAAUUUCGAUUCAACGCUGAGACGCUUUAUGCUGCAUUUCAGAGAUGAUGCUUCCAUGGCCCAGACUGAAAAACAGAUUAACCAGAUGCUUCAAGCUGAUUUGUCUAUUCAUAUACACCUCUGGGACCAAACCGACUCCAAUGACCUGGUCGCUGAUGGCAUCAAUGCAGAUAGCAUCAGUGCAGAUGUGAUUGUUCAAUGGGAGGCUGAGCUGCUCCAACAGAGACUGCAAGUGCUGCUGGAGGAAACGGAUGAGAGUAGCACGUUGAGUGCUGAACAGCUGAAGGGUCUUGACAGCUUUUUUGAGUCUAACAAGGAUUUAGGCGAGCGCUUCUCUUCACAAUUGCAAAACAUGAACUUGUUAAGGAAAAAAUGA